AUGGCGCACCCUCUCCUGUGGCCUAAGAAACAAUUUUUCUAUCCGAUUGGAAACACUCCAGCAACUUGCUUCACUCAACAAUUGGCACCAGAAGAUGCAGCUGACGUCCUUCUGCUUGGAUGUGGUGAUCCAAGAAGCAUCAUGUUCACUGUGCACGUCGAUUUAGGUGACAAACGCGCAUUGGAUUUCACUUGCUGUGACGCAGAACCCGCUGUUCUUGCGCGCAACAUCAUUUUGUUCACCAUGGUUGCUGACAGUGACCCCAACGAUGCCAUGCUAGAUGACGUCUGGAACAUAUUCUACCACUUUUACCUGGACAAGGUGUCCUUAAAUCGUCUUCUUGACCAAUGCCGCAAGCUCGUUGACAUGUCAACUACUGUUGAAUCAUGGGGCUCUUCGAAGUAUGGGAGAGUGUUCCGGUUUUGCACGGAUGCGUCGCUCCUGCAAAUUCGCAAUAUGUGGAUAAAAUAUCUGGAGACGGAGACCCUUUCACAGGGUGAGAAGGAAGCCCUUUCAUCGUCUUUCUCUGCAGGAAUGAAGGAGGUCUUGAGGACGCAAAAGGGCGUUUCGACAGCUUUCCGAUCAGCGGGCCCCCUCUGGCCAAAUCUAGCGUCGAUGGGAGCAGAUCACUUCGAUAAAUUCUGGACAACGGGCACUACCUCAAAACCGGCUUCUCACAUUAACCCAACAUUCGCAUAUUCACUUUCCGGUCGAAAAUUCAAUGUUCAUUAUGGGACAGACCCACUUCUCUCUUUCCACCUGGCUGUUCCCCUUGCUCCGACGAAAGAGCCGCCUCGUUCUCCGGCUACCAGGUUGGAGGAUCUUGACAAGUCUAUCAAAAUACAAUUCCGCGCAUGGUGCACCAGUUUCAGGACACGGCUUUUGGCAACAGCUCCACAGAUUGUUAUCAGAUAUUUCGUUGGUGAAGCCCUGGCAUUUUGUCAAGCGCUUUAUCACUGUAAAUUGUUGAAUAAUACGAAAACAGGUGUCUAUGCCACUCCUUGGGGAGGAGCCAAGAUUGACCUAUGCGUGGAGGAUUAUUCUCCCGAGGCGCCUAAAAGAGCUCCCCUCAGCUUCAACAUAAUCGACACAUCCAACCUUUCAGACCACCUCGGCCUCUUGAAUGUCCUCCUCGCCACAAUGCCUCUGCUUCGCGAUACAUGGUCAUCAAUGCUUCAUACCCAUACCCUGUUGCGCUCUGAAGGCCACGUUAGUUUGCAGAAGGGGCUAUCUGAUAAAACGUGUGCCGAUAUUCCGAUGUUUUCAUUGCUGCUUGGCCUAGUACCUUGCCGACACCUUUCUGAAAUCACAUCUACCUCAUCUACUCAUGAGAUAAUGCUAUCGUCUGCCCAGUCCGGCCAGUUUCAUGACUCCCUUUCUUGGAAAAGACUCCCGAAACAGGAAAUAUCAUCAAAUGAGCCUCUCCGCUGCGAAGCCCUCCCAUUAGGAGAGUUCUUUUUUACCAUGUAUCUGAAAAUGUUCGCCGACGAGAACGUGAUGGCAGCAUCUCGAAACACUAGCAUCGACUGGAUGCAGAAGAGAUCGACAAUUCACUACAGCAGACACAAUUUUGUCGCUUUUCUUGACCUUGCAAAGAGCCGGGUCGAGAGUGAUUGGUCAAAAGCAAUGGACCAUUUCAUAUCGCGUAUCGAAAGAGACAAGACACUCCUGGUGGGCUCGAACAACUAUCAGGAUCUCUGUUGUAGUCUCCACCUUCGAGAAGUGGAAUUCUACCUUCCAACUGUGUCACAAGGUUCUUCACACGUUUUUCAAGGAUGGAAAGAUGUUCCAAAGGUCGUCUGUGUCGUCCUCGUGGUACCCCGUCAAUCUCUCAAGUGCCUCGAAGACAUGCACCCUGACGAGAUUAAGACGCCAAUCUUGCAGUGCGAGAUUAAGGGCACUGGGUUUCAGAACGUAUUCAAUUCUCUUCGGCCAAUUUUCGGCAGUGUAGAAGUUCAAGUUGACAGUGUCAGCACCGAGUCCAAGGUCAACCUCCGGGAAGACACAGAUGGCUGGGAAGGAUCAUCUCCGUUGAUUGUUUCCUUUUAUGCCCCUGCUUGGAUUUUUACGGUCUCGCCGUCUUCGACUCAGGUCGUUCUCUCGUUUCGUCCAACUCCUUCGAGUACUAUGUGCCUUAUGCCCAAAUUGGGUUUGUUUCUAACUGUGUACUCCGCAAGUGCCAUGGACAAACGGCAUGUUUUUGUCACCCGCCAUCGUCCAGACAAUCUGGAUAAAAUUCAAAGUUUGCCUGUGGUAUCACGCACCUUGAAGUUAAAGAACCCCCCCUCUUUGACAUUAGAAUCUCUGACCGUGAAAUUCGAUACUUCACAUAUACAGGCACAUUCACUCAUUAAAAGAAUCGAUCUCAAAAAUUUGACGGAUCGCAAUUCGCUCGCCACAGGUGCGACAGUGGUCACGAAACAAAUCUCGGAUUUGGCUUUCCUGGUCACUUUUGACAAGUAUCAGAAAAUUCUUGAAUUUCCUUUCCUCGUGGAUGGUAGUCGUAUGAAAACGCGGAUUGCUAGGAAAUCCUUCUACGUCGAAGUCGAAGCACCUAUUUUGGCAGACCCACUCGAUCGUACCAAGUUCUCCCUCGAUGCGUUCCCAAUCAUCCUCGACGAAUCAUUCCCAAAGCUAUCGAACAUCCAUUACCUUCGCCUGGACCGACUACCUACCUUGGAUGUCGCUUCUAAUCACAAGUUGGACUGGCUUGGCUUUCAUCUUCGAAUGGCGUUUUCAGAUAGCGAGAUAAGGGCCAAAGCGAAAUCAAACCAAAAAGAGCGAGGUACGCUUGUGAAUUUGAAGGAGUCCAUCAGCGCCAUUCUCAUCGAGUUUUGCCGCAAACGGAAAGGUCAACCUCUUGCCGCAGGGCUUUCCUGUUCAUCUCAAGGGGGAAUCCAUACUCUCAUCUUUGUCAGUGAAGUCAAACUCGACUUAACAUCAAAUACAGUGGUCGCGGACGCAUGUGUGCUUCCCUUGACGCACUCUAUCAUGCCACUCAUUACUCCAGGCCUCCGAAAGAUAACAAAUCUGCAGGAAAUUGUAACUCUUGAGGAUGAAGUAACUGCCUGGAAACAGCUUCUCCCUGCGUUCGCAGAGAGAUGCCGUACAUGGAAACACACCGUGAAUUGCGAAUACCCUUCGAAAGGGAUUCCAGUGUCCGUCAAAUAUGAGGAGAGUCCCCUCUGUGGAUGCGGACGGGGGAAAAAUCUGGGGCCGUUCUCUCAAACCUCAGCCUGGAAGGACUUCACACCUUUUGUUACCAGGAUUGCUCUUGCACCCCUAUUCAGCACGUCGUUUGUGAAUAACCCACUCUCUUCCUCGAAAACCUCGAACAGUGAUACUAUUGGGGACGAGCGAUGCAAACACUGCGGAAACCCAGGCAACCCGAAACUUUUGUCGUGUGGUGCUUGUAAGGUGGCCAAGUACUGCUCUGCCCCCUGCCAAAAAGCGGACUGGAAAAAGCACAAGGCUUCAUGCACUGUCACUAAGUAGCUAUCUGAUAAUUCGUUGGAAUGCAAAGUGUAUGUAGUACUUAGCCCAAAAUAUCCUCGAUGUCUUUGUUC